UUCCCGCUGUCCCGCAGCUUCUUUCUCUUCUCAGUUGUGUCUCAACCGUCCACCUCCUCUAUCCUUUUCGGCUUAUUUUCUUUUCGGUUUUUUUUACCCAGUGUCUUCCCAAAUCCCAAUCAGCAGAUUCCCUUAAAAUUUAUCUUUUUGUCGAUCGAUCAACUUUCUUCGUCAUUGCCUUCGAAGCAAGAAUCUAUCUCACUCUAUCCAUCUUUCUUUCUUCAACAGAUAUUCCCUUCUCCUAUCUCUUUCUCUUUCUAUAUCUCUUUUUAUGAUGCCUUGUUCUUCCUUUUUCUCUCUAUUCCAAUAUUUUCACCAUUCUUCUUCUUCUUCUUCUUCUUACUUCUUUUCGUUCCACGGAGGUUCAACUAAAUCUACAAUUGGGUUUUGUUGUUCAUGGCUUCUUCAGAAAUCAACCAUGUCUCUCAUCCCUGCAUCCAUGCAGGGCACAUUUCUGCUGAGAGAAAGUUUGGCUUUAUGAGGUGGAUUACUAAGAUACUUAAGUUGGGCUCAAAUCAAGGGGUAAUGAAUAGACGUUCUCCGCAGUUCCUUGGUGAGGAUAAUGUGGCUUUUCAUACUCCGGUUAGAUCCAUGGAUGACCAUUCCAGAUCUGAGCAUGAGGAGUUGGACCGUGCAGCUGCGCUUUCUCUCGCUGAUGACUUGAAAAGGCCUAAUGGAUACAGAAGACACACAAACAAUGAUGAAGACCUAGCUAGAGCACUCCAAGAUAGCUUGAACAUGCCUUCAUAUCCUCCAUAUGCUCCUCCACAAUUUUCGCCUGGAGGAUAUAGUACAUAUACGCAUGUUCCUCUCAGAUACUGUAGUGGCUGCAAUCGUGAAAUAGGCUAUGGCAAAUACUUAGGAUGCAUGCAAGCUUUUUGGCACCCAGAGUGCUUCUGCUGUCAUUCUUGCGGUUACCCAAUCACUGAGAAUGAGUUUUCUUUGUCAGGGAAAAAUCCAUACCACAAGUCUUGUUUCAAAGAAUUGCAUCAUCCCAAGUGUGAAGUUUGCCUUCAAUUUAUUCCAACAAAUGGCGCUGGCUUAAUUGAAUAUAAAUCUCAUCCAUUUUGGUGCCAAAAAUAUUGUCCUUUGCAUGAGUAUGACAAUACGGCUCGUUGUUGUAGUUGUGAACGGUUGGAGUCAUGGAAUGCAAGAUACAUUUUUUUGGGGGAUGGACGGAGUUUGUGUUUAGAAUGUAUGGAGACAUCCAUUAUGGAUACUGGUGACUGCCAACCCCUUUACCAUUCCAUCAGAGACUACUACGAAGGAAUGAACAUGAAAAUAGAGCAACAGAUUCCCAUGCUGUUGGUGGAGAGACAAGCACUAAAUGAGGCUAUUGAAGGAGAGAAGAAUGGACACCAUCACAUGCCUGAGACAAGGGGCUUAUGCCUUUCUGAGGAGCAGAAUAUUAGCAGUAUAUCCAAAAGGCCAAGAAUUGGGGGUAACCGCCUCAUAGGUAUGAAAACAAAACAACAGAAGCUGGAUCGGAAAUGUGAGGUCACAGCCAUUCUUGUUCUGUAUGGCCUCCCAAGAUUACUUACGGGUCAAAUUCUUGCUCAUGAGUUAAUGCAUGGAUGGUUACGCCUUAAAGGAUACCGUAAUCUAAGCCCGGUGGUCGAGGAAGGUAUCUGUCAGGUUCUCUCUUACAUGUGGCUCGAGUCAGAGGUCAUGCCUGGGUCAAGAAACAUACCUUCUACCUCAGCUGCAGCUUCAUCAUCGUUCUCAUCCAAAAAAGGUGGAAAAUCCCAUACCGAGAAAAAGCUAGGUGAAUUUUUCAUGCAUCAGAUUGCUCAGGACACAUCGACAGCCUAUGGGGCAGGAUUUAGAGCAGCCAAUACAGCUGUCAAUAGAUAUGGUUUGCGUAGUACCCUAAACCACAUUUACAUGACAGGAACUUUUCCUGUGUAACAACUAACAACAAUUACUGUGUCCCAUGUUUGUGGGAAGGGUCUGGUAUUUGUUUCCUUUGGAGAUGGUAUGUACUGCUUUCCCUUACAAGUCAACAAUAGAGCUAAUCAAGUAAGCUAGGAUUAGCUCCCCCGUCAUUUUUUAUGGGGUCCUUUGAGGUUGGUUAUUUUGUUAAACAUGGGUUUUUAUUAUAAAAUGAAGGACGCAUUGCGUAUCUAUCUUCUUACGGGAUUC